AUGCCAGACAACACAAAUCCUUUUUUGGCGUUCACACAAAAUCCUGAACCAGCUCAGUCAGUGGUUGACCUGCUGGGUAUUAAUGAAACCCCCCAAACUACUGUAGUAGAAGAUGCAUCCAAAAUGAAACCUCCACCGCCAAGACCUGCUCCACCAAAAAGACCUCCACCAAGACCAACACCACCACCUCCACCUUCACACGAAGCCAAAGAACUUAUUCUUAGUGUAACAGGAGAGAUGGAUGCGACUUCACUACAUUUAUUAGAUAGAUUAGCAAAGACUCCUAGUCCCAUUCCAAUGCGAGACUUAUUAACUCCAAGCCCAACGCCAACAGCUGACCUAUUAGGAUGUGAAGAUCUUCAACCUCCUAUAAACUCUCAAAUGUCGAGUGUUUUUGACCAACAACCUAACAUUAUUGACCUUCCUUCAGGAUCAAAACCAGAAAGGCCCAAAUUUCCCCCCAAAAUUGAUUUCCUCAUGGAUGAUUUAUUAGAAGAUGUUCCAAUCCAUGAAGGCAUACAGCCUGAAGAAUGUUUAGUAAAAAAUAGAACUCCAUCAAUCCCAGAAAAUCUACCAUUAACUGUAGGAUCGAAACCACCUUCAAGAAAAUCUUCAAAUGAAUUUAUUCUUCCCGUUAGAAGAUUAUCCCAUGACGUUACAGAAUCAAGAAAAAUUAUGCCUGAUUUAAGUAAAAUAGCCGAUCGUAGGAAGUCAGAUAUAGGUCAUUUCGCACCGAUAUUACCUUCAAGAAAACCAACCAGUCAAAGUGAUCAGUCACUUCUAGAAAGUAAAUCUGAAAAUAUAAUUCAAGAAAUCAAUGAAACUGGAGAUAAACCAUGUGAUGACAUUUUUAAAAAUAUACCAGAAACUAAUUUAGUACCUACUGAAGAAAUCCCAGACCAAAAAAUACAAGAAGAAAUUAUUCCGGCUAUACCUAAAGAAAUAAACGCUCAGUGGGAUGAAGAAAAAAAUGGAUUAGAUUUUGAUUCGCAACAACAAAUAGAAUCUUCUGAUCACAUUGAAAUUGAUCCUCCGUCGAAUGAUACAAAAUUGACACCUUCAGCAACAGAUCUUUCCCCGUUAGAGUUGACAGAAAAAGAAAAUUUGUCUUUUAAUGCGUUUUAUGUUAACACAACUUUACCAACAUCUGAAUCAUUUCCUUCAUUUACUGAUGGAGAUGGAAUGGGAGAUCACUUAGAUAUUGAUGCAUACGAUACAAAACCAAUACCACCAGUGCCUGAUCCAUCGCCUUUCCAAGAAAUACCUACUCAGGAAACUUCAUUUAAUGCAGUAUUUGAAGUGUCCGAGCAAACAGCGACUACUCCAUUCGAAGUUCAAGAACCACAACAAUCAGACAACAUAGAACCGACUGUAACUACAACUGUGUCAGAGCCAUUCCCAGUAUCAACAGGCAGUGAAAACCACGAUGCAUUUGAUGCAUUCGCAGCAAAGUUCGACGAUUCUCAAAAUGAAGGUAAUGCAUCUGGAGUGGCAUUUGACGCAUUUGGAAGUGUCUCAGGAGGAGCGUUUGAUGAUUCAACAAUGGGUUUCGGAAACGAUGAUAACUUUGAUUCAUUCUUAUCAACACAUCAAAUUCCUGCUGCUCCACAGUCAACACCAGCUAAAGUUACCAGAAACAAUUCAGGAGAAUCUUUAGAUGAAAAUGAUUUCAAUGUUUUUAUUAGACCUAAGACAGAAUCAGACAACACCGAUCAAUCUGCCGUGCCUUCAAUAGCUCCUCCACCUAAAGUACCUACAAGUUUAUUUCAAGAAGGGACGCCUUCUAGGUUCAAUCCAUUUGAUCAAGAGCCAAAUGAAACGAAUUAUAAAAACCAAGAUUCAUACUCUCCUCAACCUAUUCCUCAACGAACUGAUUCUCAAGAGACACCACCAAGUCCAUUGUUUGAUGAAGAUGUUUCUCAACCACUUGAAGAAUUUCCAAGAGUCAACUACGAUGGUGAUGGCUGGGCAAUGGAAUUAAGACAACCAAACAAGAAAAAAAUAACUGCUCACCGAUUUUGGAAAAAAAUAUUUGUUAAAAUCACAUACCAGGGGGAAAAUCCUGUUCUACAAUUGUAUAAUACUAAAGAUGAUAAAGAUCCAUUCCAAGAAUUACCAUUACAGCCAAGUUAUUCUGUAUCUGAUAUUGGAGCCCAACAAUAUGAUCAAUAUGGUAAAAUAUUCACUGUGAAACUGUUAUAUAUAUUCUAUAAAGAAAAAGCAGGAUUUAGACCGGGUCAAGUAACAAAAGCCGAAAGGUUAACAAACAAACUGAGUCAAUUUGCAGCGUAUGCUAUUCAGGGUGAUUAUCAAGGUGUAAAAGAAUUUGGUAGUGAUUUGAAGAAAUUAGGAUUGCCCGUAGAACAUGGAGCUCAAACGACGACAUUGUUAAAAUUGGGAAGUCAUAAUUUUGAAGACAUGAAACAGUUUAGUGUCUGUAUCGAAGAAGCUUUAUUUAAGCUUUCUGCUCAUCGUGAUAGAGCAUUGAAUUAUAAAGUAGAAGAUGUGCAAAUCACUGCAAUUGAUGAACUAUUUGUUGAUCAGAAUUCACAAGGAUCGGUACUAAAACAAAUUGCACGGGUCCGUUUGUUUUUCCUAGCAUUCAUGUGCGGAAUGCCUGAUGUGGAGUUGGGUGUAAAUGAUUUAGUUCGACAAGGCAAAGAAGUAGUUGGCCGUCACGAUAUCAUUCCUGUAGUUACUGAAGAAUGGAUUCGAUUGGAAGGGGUUGAGUUCCACAACUGUGUUCAACAAGACGAAUAUGAGAGAACAAGAACUAUAAAGUUUAAACCUCCAGACGCUUGUUACAUCGAAUUAAUGAGAUUUAGAGUUAGACCACCAAAAAACCGGGAACUUCCAUUACAAUUGAAAACCACAAUGUGCAUAACGGGAAAUAAGGUGGAAUUAAAAGGAGAUGUACUCGUGCCAGGGUUCACAAGCAGGAAAUUGGGACAAGUGCCUUGUGAAGACGUAGCCAUAAAGUUUCCCAUACCGGAAUGUUGGAUUUAUCUAUUCAGAGUAGAGAAACAUUUUAGAUAUGGAUCUGUAAAAUCAGCACACAGAAGGACGGGAAAAGUGAAAGGCAUCGACCGAUUUCUUGGUACAAUGGACAAUCUCGAGCCUCAUUUGAUUGAAGUGACAUCUGGUGAGGCCAAGUACGAACACCACCACAGGGCUGUAGUGUGGAGAAUGCCGAGAUUGCCAAAAGAAGGACAGGGAGCGUACACUACGCACAACCUCGUAUGCCGCAUGACCUUAACGUCGUAUGACCAAGUUCCCGAGGAGCUGGAUAAAUACUGUUAUGUUGAGUUUACAAUGCCGACGACUCAGGUGUCGCACACCACCGUUCGGUCGGUAUCGAUUGUAAACAGUGAAAAAGAUGCACCGCCUGAAAAAUAUCUGAGACUGAUGGCCAGACAUGAAUACAGGGUGGAAAUCGAACACAUACACGGGCAGAUCGAAGAAAACCCAUACCUAGCAGCGACUGCGAUGCCCAGAGCCACGCAACCUUCGUCGGAAGCAAAACCACCACCGACCCCGCAGGCUGCUUCUGACAGCGACUCUUCUUCAUAA